AUGCACGUUUUUACUGCUUCUCAUGGUCUCUCACUUUAUUUGCUGACAAUUGAGACUCUCACUUUUGUCGUGGUCAUAACCAGAGCUAGAUCACCCCGUCGAAGUUGUGUGAUUGCACUACGCACUGUCGCAGCUAGACGGAUAUUGAAGAGCAAGGAUGAGCUUGUUGAAAACACUGAAAAAGCCUUGGUCGUGGACGCAAGAGUUACUGGUCGACCUAUGUCAUCCAUAAUACACGAGUUUCGCGAGAUCCUCUCUUCUUUUGACGAAAUCAGUUAUGAAAGGGGCGCUGCAAUCAUCGCAAUGCUCCGUACAGUGAUAGGAGAGAAGAAUUUUAGAAAGGGACUAACGCAUUAUCUCAACAAAUUUUCCUUCAAAUGCACCAAAAGUGAAGACCUUUGGCAAGCGUUGUCUGAUGUAUGUGAAGGAGUCAAAGGACCAAGCGGAUCAUCUUUUGAUUUGAAGAAUUUCGGGACCCAGUGGACAAAAAUGAUGGGAUAUCCUUUGGUUACCGCAAGAUUUUCAAGCGACAAGUUGGAGAUAACACAGCAACGAUACACGCUCAAUACUUCCAUUCAAGAACAUGAAAAAUAUCGUUCCCCUCGUCAGAGUUACAAAUGGGAUGUACCCAUAUGGCUUAAAACUAAAACAGGCGACACCAUAUUGGAAUGGUUGAAAGCAAAUGAACCGCUUCACAUAAAUUUGGGGUCUUUGCAAAUGCCGGUGGUAAUAAAUCCUCAUCGCAAUGGCUAUUAUAGACAGAAUUAUGACAGUGUUGGAUGGGAGCUUAUAGCAGCGCAGUUUACACGAAAUUCGGUGUUUGAUCGAUAUACGAGAUACGUGCUUUUGAGCGAUGCAUUUUCUGCAGCUGCUAUCGGUCAGCUGGAAUACGAACUUGUAUUUAAGCUUAUUCGGUACGCUUACUCAUCCAAAAAAGGUGAAAAGGAAUGGCUACCAUGGGAAGCAAUUGUAGAUGAGAUGUACAAAAUAUAUGCAAUGUAUCGUAGAAGAGACGAAAACGCUUCAUAUGUAUGGAAAUACAUAAACAGAGUGUUGCGACCGAUUGCUCUUGAAAUUCGUAAGAAGUUCCUUGCUGAAGAGACAGAAUUUGCUAAAUAUAUAAGAAAGCAGAACGAAUCUUCGAAGGAGCGCAUUACUGGAAGAUUGGAUUGGAGAUCAGUGAGAUGGGAAUCCAAUACUGCUUUGUAG